AUGUGGGCCGACAUAAUGAUACUGGCCAGUUGGGUUUGUUUACUAGUGGUUAGGGUGCGUUGGAUAUUGUUCAGGGAAGACGAUCUGCCAAAGAAGAGCGCCACAGAGGCUGCCGCAGCGUCAACGUCUGGUGACGAACCAAAACCGAAAGGAGAGAGCGUUGUAAGAUCUGCUCCUGAGGACUCUCAGCAGCGUCCGAUCCCAGAUUCCGGGUCUUCUUCGGAGGAGCCAGCGCCCAGCACUUCACGAGGUUCUGGGUCCUCUUCGGAUUUACCACCGAGCUCUUCAAUCAAUUACAAGAAUCUACAAGAAGAUUCGCAAACGAGCACUUCUGAAGCAUUCGAGUUAAUACCGAUAGAGCCACAACAGGGUGCCGCCUGUGCUUGGGAGCCAGUCCCGUUCGAGCAGCUGCUAGCGUCUGCUGAUAAUUUGGCAGGUUCAACAUUGGAAUCAGAUGUGAGCACUUCCAAAGAUUUUAGGUCUUUGUCAACGGAACGAACAUCGAUCUCAUCCGAUAUUUUUGAUGACCCGAAGGACGAAGCCUCGACACACUUUCACACAUGCGACGACGAAUCUUCAACACCGGACUCACUAUAUGUAGAGCUUCUGUGCCCACAUUGUGCCACGCUACCACAACAUACUGAUCCAGAAAAGAACUUCGCCGUCAUAAAACAAUGGCUUCGGGCUAACAAGGCAGUCCAAUCGUACUCGCAGUUAAGUGAGGACUCACCGUCAUUGCUUGCUUCAUCGUUUUCGAUAACGCAUCUCAAUAAAUUGCAACGGGUCAAGAAACUCCUCACAAAGACGUUUGUGGCGAUCUGCUGCGCUAGACACAUUAGUGAACUGCGAAGGCUAGUAUUCUGUAAACCUCCGAAAGAGCCACUGUGGAGCUGGCACGAUUGCAAGAUUUUCUUUAUUUACGGCGAUCACGAUAAAGAAACACUCAAGGCGCUCUGCGAAAAGCCUCAGAAAUCAAACUGGUUAGCCAAGCGCGAUUGCUUUCAUAGCUUGAAGGAGUGCAGUCGCAGUAACAGCUGUUAUAAUUCCCACUGGAGCUUUGAAUUCAAGACAGUAGUUACGCGACGCCGUUCUAAGUCUGAAGCGUUGCGUCCAACCUUCAAGCGCGGCCGCUUCAUACGGGCGCAGAGGCAGCGAUCGGCGAGUGUUCCAGACUUUCGGUGCAUCUACAAGCGCCGCAAAGUUCUGAGAUUUAGCGUGGAAAAGGAAACAGCGCCGACACCAGAAGAAAAACCGAAAAAGAAGAUUUUUCCUAAAAUAAAGCCGAGGACUCAGAACCGGUCGUACCAGCCGCUCGAGUUUGUAAGUGACGAUCGGAAAUUUGUAGGGGACAGACCACAUCGCGGGGACGCUUUUGGAGGGGUCUACGUUGGCCCAGAAUGUCAAGUAAACAAUAAAAGAUAUGUGGCAACGAGUGCAGUGAUUGAAGGAAGUGGGGAAACUUCAAAGAACUUAGUGCAUCUGAUCAACCGCGAUUUGGAAGCAAGAAAUAUCCUGCGCCCACCGUGCCGCCUCCACUUUCCUCCAUACGUCUCCUCGUCUUCUUCGGAGAGCGAAUAUUUCGAGGCCACGUCCAUAAGGGAUACAUUUUCACCUUCAAUCGGCCGAUACUUCGAUGUUGAAUCUUUCGGCGAAGCUGAUCCAUUCAGUGCCAGGUUGUCUCAUUUCGAAGCGGCUGGCACUGCGGGUAAUAAUUACCGAAACGAGCGUUUAUAUAGACAUAUAACUCUUCCUGGACAGCAUUGGCCUGCAGCCAAUAAUCGUUCCUGGGAAUUCCGUAGGCGCAAGUCCACAAUGCCUAAGUGUAUAACGCGAAGAUUUAUGCAAUGUUGUUGCAAGAUCAUUGCAGUAGCUUGUUUGCUGGCCAUCAUAAGCAGUUACAUAUACCUUUUUACACCUACAGAUGAACAUAAAAUAAUGCAGCAAUUGGCAAAUAUGAGACAUAGAAUGCAAUAUUUGCAAUCCCAAUACAAAAAUGAACAGAAAAUAGUAAAUUCUUUAAAGGAUGAGAUCCAUAGUCGGAACGACAGCGAGGCUAACUCGACCACUGAGAGCCCACAAGUUACGUCGCUGCUUAAAAACUUGACUGGACUGAAAAACAAUACAAGUGUUCAUUACACACCAACGCCGUUGCCUGAUUACGAAUUGACAUCCAAAGGAACAAUUGUCAACGGGGCUCACGUAAAACAUUAUGUAAGUCUAAAUGACUUCAAUGGCAUUUACACUUCUAACGAGAAAUAUUACAAACCGGCAUUUUACAUAAAAUCAAAUAGAGAUGUAGCCAAUGUCGUUGUCGGAAUUCCUAGUAUCAAACGGGAAAAGGAUAACUACCUGCCUACCACCUUGAAGUUCUUAGUGGAGGGACUGAGUGAAGAGGAAUACAGAAAUACUCUGAUUAUGAUAUUUAUUGGAGAAGUGGACUUUGACUACGUGUUGGAAGUGUCGAUGAUGCUCGAGAGGAACUUCUACAAAGAAAUGAAAGACGGUCUCAUCGAAGUUUUGUCUCCGGAGAAGAAUUUCUAUCCGGACAUGGACAAACUUCCAGUGACAUUGGGCGACCCACCAUCGCGAGUACAGUGGCGCUCGAAGCAAAACUUGGAUGCACUGUUCUUGAUGUCUGUCGCCAGAUUCAGGGGUCUCCACUACCUGAUGAUGGAGGACGACGUCGUAGCGAAACCCAAUUAUAUGCAAGACAUUGUGGGUUUCAUCACUUCCUCGACGGCAUCUCAUCCUGACUGGGUCCUCAUCGACUUUUCUCCGAUUGGCGGUAUUGGAAAAAUGUUUAAAACAACUGAUCUGGCUCACUUUACCGCCUAUCUCGAACUGUUCUUCUACAAUAUGCCUCUUGACUGGCUUGUCGAUAGCUACAUCGCCAACAGGGCUUGUGGCAUCGACAAAAUUUCCAAGGACUGUGUCGAUAAGAAAGCGAAGAUCCGUAUUCAAUAUAAGUCUUCGCUGUUCCAACAUAUUGGAUUACACUCAUCACUCAAAGGCAAACUACAAAAAGUUAAGGAUAACAAAUUUGGCACACUGCCAACGUUUGUGCCACACAGUAAUCCUCCUGUAAUAGAUAUUAAAACUACAAUCGAAGAAAAGUCCGAUCAUAAAAUUAUCGACGCCUACAACGGUAAAACAUAUUUCUGGGGUAUAUUCCCAAAAAAAGAUGAUUACAUAGAGUUCAUCUUCAAAGAGCCAAUAGCACUCCGCAGGUUUGCUAUCUACUCUGGCAACUUAGAACAUCUCGAUGACAUAUUCAAAGAUGCAGACGUCAGUCUUAAGAAGAAUGGCCAAGAUGAUUACACUGUGAUCACAAAAUUUACUGAUCUAGGGAUUGCGAAAGCAGAAGUGGCAGAUUACUUUGGUCCCGUUACAUCGCUCAAGAUCCAUGUCAAUAAUGACCAUGACAAAUGGGUGAUCAUAAGCGAGAUAAAAAUCAAGACAGGCGACCCCGCUCAUCAAUAAACUUUAAAAGGACUUUAAAAAAAAUAUAAUAUGUACAAUUAGUUAUUAAUCAUAUACCUUUUAGCUUAGUAUUUAUACGUAGGAUGUUAGUUCAAUUUGGCAUUUAUUCACUCUUAGGCUCAUCGAUCAAAUAGUUAAAAUUUUCAUUGUUUUAUUUUAUUUUUUUAUAACGUUGUCAUAUUUUCGGAACUCUAUUUUAUUAUUUACGGCAUGUAAGUGGGUGCAGUGUGAAAAGUGUCCAUAAACUGAGAGUAGGGAAGGGAAAAAGGUGGUAGGUGUCUUUAUGCAAGAGACCAACUGGGGAAGUACCACCGUAAUGUCUAUUUUUGCCACCAGACAGCAUGAGUAAGCGUUGUAAUGCGGUUAUUAGGACAUUAUAGCCAGACUUUAACUGGGCAUAAUGAGACCGAACAUCUGAUGUCUCAGGAUGACGAGCGCUGUAGAAUACCAUUCAAUGCUUUGUAUUAAGUUUUGGUUGGUGUUCCUACUGUUCAUUGUUAGCCAUGCCGUUUACCAUCAGGCGGGCGGCUACCUUAUCUCGUCAUUUAUAACUUUAGAUGGUGGGAGGGUACCUAAUUUAGUACCUAACUGGAUUACGACCACCGUACAUGGUGACAGCCACAGUGGUUCUUUCUGGGUCAGCUAGUACACAUCCAGAACUGCAAUAAUCUUACCAUCUAAUGAAAUGCACUUGUCCCGCCAUUAUAAAUAUCUAAGUAAGGUUUAUGGGCACUCAUUGAUGUAUUAAUGUCGGUAACGAGUGAACUAUCACAUCGUAUUAUAUCUCAAGACAUAAUAGUGAGACAAAAGUAGUGACGCGUGAAUUUGUGGUCCUAUGAAAUCACACUACUGCCCCACGCAUAGUAUAGGCGUUAGUCAUUAUUUUAGUAUUGUAAUUUUGAGUAACUAUGCCUAUUUUUACCUACCUUCCUCUCACUGUUGCUGUAUGGGCUUUUUCCAGUGUUAGUAUCAACCGUGAUGAAAACCCGGUCUAUAUCCAGUGAGAUACGAUGUACAGUCAUCAAUGAAUUUUAGAUGAACGUUAUAUUGAAUUACAUCGUUAUUACCAUCAAUUUGAGCAUAUACGUAACGUGAAAAAAUAGCACCUUUUAGAUAUAUGUUGGCCAUUUGGUUUCGUUGUGAAGGGAGAAGGGUGAAAAUGGACAUACCGGGAAAAUAACUGCCAGGCGAAACUGGUUUCUAUCAUUUCACUCUUAGACAUUAGAAAUUGUUGAAUUGAUAAAUAUACAACUAGAAAAGGCAAAGUAAAACUCUCAUCACUUGAACAGGCUUGGGUGAAUUGGUUGUGUUCUGGUUCCCGUUUUGCCAUAAAGAAGAACGUUAAAUGAUUCCGUCGCUCUCUCAAGAUAUUUCGUUGAUAAUAAGAGCUAGGUGUUCGAGUGAGCCGUUUCAUCAGCGUCAUUACUGCGUGCCACUCUCGAUCCUGGCUUUCAGCUUUCCGUUAGCGGGUAUGAGGGUUAGGUAGUCUCGAAACAUCACGCUAUUGAAUGCUACAGAACCGACAGGCGUAGCAUGCAACGUAACGUCAAAUAAGUAUAUAUCCAAAUUAUUAGUUUGCCGUCAUUUCCUUUAGAAUAUUCAAACAAUUGUGUUGUUAUCGGAGUGUUCUUGAAACCUUAUACUUUUUUUUUCAAUAUUUUUGUUGAACCAGAUUUCGCUCGCGGUAUUUCCUGGCCCGGUUUUAGAUAUAUUUAGAUAGCGUCUUCGUAUUUAAUGUCGUCGUUUAAAUGUUAGAAUAAGUAUUUUAUCAUGUUAAAUUAGUACUCUCUUCUCUACUAUAUAUUCUAUUAGUUUAUAGUAAAACAUUAUUAGAAAUGUAAUUAUUUUUUUCCAUUUAAUAAAUGAUUAAAUAGAGUUAUACUUAUAUACUUUGAGAUUCAUAUCAGUAUUCUCCGAUAGUUUAUUUUUGGACUCUCCUAAGUAUGUAAGUCGAAAGUAGAUUUGGGGAGCCUUUAUUAGUAAAGUAUAAUGGAUUAGACGUUUAAUAAAUAAUAAUUAACGAUCAUUUUAAUCAUAAUCGUAGUUCAUAUAUAAGUUGAAGUUUGUGUUAGUAAAUAAGAUAUUAGGCCGUGCUUUAGUCUCAUAUUACAUUCCUUCUUAACUUAUUGGUUCAUUUUAUAUUGGCCUGACCAAUAUUUAUAUCAUAUUAUUAAGAUGAAAUAUUAUAAGUAUUAGUAUAUCGCAAAUAUUUAUGUAUGUUUAGAUUCGAAAAAUAGUCGCUGAUAUAUAUUCUUAGAAGAUAAUUUCCAAUAGCAUGUUAACAGAAACUUGGAGAAUUUAAAUUAAUAACUUAUGAAAUAAUUUAAUAUAAACUCGAUAAAAUGUUGUAAGACAUUAUUUUCUACUUCUUGUGCCUCUCUAGCUAGCGAAGAUUGGCAGUCAGCUCAAUAUAUCUUCAGUUCUUGCAAUCCCCGUUCUCUCUAUUAAUAAAAUAUUAAUAUAUACAUGGAUACAACAAUAUUAUACACAUAUAUCCGUUGAAUUUUAUAUAUCUAUCCAUAUUUAUAAUUCUGUUAACUAAAACAUGAGCCAUUUAGAUUGAAUUAAGACUUAUAUAGUAGUGUUAAAGUUCCAAAUAUAUCUCUACGUAGCAUUAGUUAAGCAAGUUCCAUUUUAAAUCUAAAUGUUGUGUGGAAUUAAAGAACGAAAAUACAUCUGUCGUUUUAUU